GGCGGCAACACGCAACGCAACGGUCUAAAGCGUGCAAACUCCAUUACAGCACAAAAACGUCCACAACCCGAGUGUGGUUUUUAGGGCACACCGAUUUCACAUUAUUGUUAUGACGAGUGCAACACUAUAAUCAACAGCAGUAUCCACUUGACGGAAUGAACUACCAUCUCAAAUCAAAGCUAUAGGAAACUUGGGACCAUGGAUUUACUAAAGAGGCAAGUGUACAUUACAUUGCUUGUGUGUUGGAUUCAACUUACGGACGCAGUCAAUGAAGUUAUUUAUUCCUGUACGUUUGAUGAAAAUAAAGAGUGUGGUUUGUUCCACCACGCCAUGACAGUCUCCUGGAAUAUCAAAGAUAAAUCAGUUCUACUGGGGAGACAGGGUCCCGCUGCGGACCAUACGUGGGGCACUGAUCAUGGGAAGUACGUGUUCAGUGCCUCAAAAACCGAUUUGAUCGCGUCCACAUUCGCGCCAAAACUAACAACGGGAAACUUGACUCUUCCAACCGGUGAGGGCGUGCUUUCCUUCUACCACUUCUCGUGGGGAGCCCCGGGAAACGUGCUGAACGUGGACAUUAAAUGUGGCGACAAGAUGGACAGGAUUUGGACUUCCGGUCCAUCCGGGCCCGUGAUGAGCAGUUGGUUGCGGGCCGAGGAAACGGUCAAAUGCAGCGGCCCUUUCAAGGUUAUUUUUGAAGGUGUCCAUUUGGCCAACCACAGCAACAUCGCACUGGAUGAUAUCUCGUUAUACGGAAACAGAAAAGAGAGCAGCACCAUUGUUUCCAAACUGACAACACCAGUCACGAUUGACUCCGUACCUGUUGGCGGUGGAGGUCCAGAUAUGAAUGGGGACAAGCCACCUCAAAUGACCAUGCCGACCGGUGGAGUUCACAACCAACCAACUGGUACAAUGAUGCUAGCAAUAAUCAUCUUCACGGUUACUUUCGUGUUAUUUGUGGUCAGUGUCACGAUCCAUUGUGUCAUCUGGAGAAGGAGAGCGAAAAGAAAUGUCAAACUGCGAAAGAGACCAGUCAGCCUGUUGAACUCCGCCUACAACUGUCCCAUCCACGCAAAACCAGAUGCCAAACCAACGACCAACGGUACCAAGAGGAAAGCCCCGGUCCGGUACCUCUCGGACGAGGAACGGACCGUGGGCUUCGAGAAGAGCGACGCCGGUAGGCAGUCACCCCGGAGCUCCGAGAGUGGCGUGGUGGUCGACAGUCACUGGCUGGCGAACAAGAUCCCUUUCUUCAACCGUGGACGGAGCAAGACGGUGCCAAAUAAACGCAGCUUCGAGUGCUACGAGACCAUUGAAAUGACAGCUGAUGGUGGGGAUGACCAAGAGAAGAGAGUCUUGAGUGAUAAGGGAGGCCGUAUGAAGCAAGGAUUCCUCGGCAGGCAUUCUAACUUCAGCAGGAGCAAUUCUCUACCAACGAGCGGCUCACCAAGAAAUGACUUCUACGAAUCCAUCGACCAAGGGGCGCUCCAUGGUCCCUUUGCGUACGAGGUCACUGACCUCAUGUCCGGUACGUGCAGUGUGAUCGACGGUAGCACGUCAUCCAUCAGCUCCAUUCCGAGCAUGAACAGCACCCUCUUGAAACCGUCCUCGACUUACGACAACUUGGAGAGGAAAUCGCCGCUCCUUCAGCUGCCGCCCCGUCACUCACCCGGUAUCGUCAACUACACUUCGCCAUCUAUUCACUCGAUCGGAUCCAACUACAACAUAGCAUCUCUGUACAGUACGGCUACGCCACCGUCUCAAGGGGGCGACGGCGUCUCGCUGUCCUCAUAUGACACGCUGUCUACGCAUGCUGAUAUGUCACGUGACGACACCCCGACAACCAACCACCAAUCAAAUCCAUUCUUCCAAGCAGUCAACCCGUCAGGUGAACACUACAGCUCGCUCAACCGCCGCCCCAACAACCACACUGUGAAACCUACCCCAGAGAGAGUUAGUAAUGUGCCCUCACCGACAACACCCGACCAGUCUGAUUACCAGACUCCAAUCAAGUCGCCAGCAGCCAAACCACAGGACGCUGGUCUUUACCACGGACCGACAACACCCGACCAGUCUGAUUACCAGACUCCAAUCAAGUCGCCAGCAGCCAAACCACAGGACGCUGGUCUUUACCACACACUUGACCCGGAUGCAGUAUCCGACGCCAGCUUUGAAAGGUCAAUGUCGGAGGAAGCUCGCACGAACUACGAAACACCACAAUUAUUGACUGUGAAAAACAUACGGAAAGAGUCGAGCCAUGAUUACGAAGAUUUAGACUAAAGCGACCUCAGGUCGAUUUAAAAAAACUGCUUCUAGCUCAUGGACUAGACCUAGGCCCUUAGCUCCUUUGGUCUUGGGGGUCCAUAUUGAGAAUAAACGGCUUCGAGCAAGACUAGGCUAAGCCCAAUUACCGAUUAUGAUGGGUGAAAGAAAAUGUGAGGCAAUUAUAGUUUCUCUACAACACCUUGAACUUGUGUAAUAAUAAUUUACAUUUCUUGUCAAUAUUGUUAAGAGAAGAACUUGUUACUUUUAGUGGAUACUGAUCAAAUCUUGAGGAGUAGCAUUUAACUUCUUGAAUUGAACUGGUAAACUUGGUAAGCUUACAAUAUUUGAUUGAUAUUAAUCUUUUAUAAGUUUGUAAAAAGAUAUUUUCUUUACAUAAACAAUUCCUUGUAAACAUGUAUAUAUUUUGUAGACAAUUCAGUGCAGCAAGGACACAUUAUAAACAACUUAAGGGUUGCAUUUCUUUAUUUAUUAUUAUUUAAAAUCUUGGGACUCUAAAAAUUUCGUAACCAGAAAGUGCAUUUUUCAGAAAAACUAAAUUUUCCCAAAUUGUUCAUUCAAAAAAACACAAUUAUCAGAAUACUAAAACUUUCAAAAAUACAAAAUAUUUGGUGAUAUGGUUUGAUUAUACAGAACCAGAGUGAGUCUGUGGUGAACAAAUAUGGGUAUUACAUAUCUAGGGAAGUAUUAUUAUUAACAAUAUCGGUGGUCUGUGUAUAAAUAGACAGUGCAUGGAUUACUGGCAUGAACUGAAACUAGAUACAAACACCGGUCUAAUGAGCCAUUGGCUCGGGACAGACUUUACUUUACGACGUCCCCAGACCUAGAAGUUUACCUUUGAGAGAGCAAGGCCAUUUCUAAUUGUUGCAAGGGCACUUUUAUUUGGUUUUAAAAGGGCACCAAGGCCAAGAUCAGGUCAAAGUGAGGCCAUGGACUUUGCGUCUUCAUUAAGAGUGUGACUCAAGUAUACAAUCCCCACAACGUUUUAAAUAGAUAUCUAAAGAUAGAUGCUCAUGAAACCCAUGUUAAUUGUGUCUUUUGAACAUUUUUUUUUCUUGCAGGAAAAAAACCCGCUUAUGCAAAGACACAAAAAAGAAGGGGCUUACGAACUAUAGCAGUUGUCAUUAUAAAAGUUUAAAAUAUGGAGUGUAUAUUGUUUGAUUUUUACUUGCCUUCUUCCUGAACGCAUUCUUAUUUUUGUUCCGACCACAAGAUUGGUUCUUGAAGAAAAAAAAGGUCACUCAAAUGAUGGGUCAUCGUAACGUGACGUCAAUUAAUACGUUUAGGCGGCGUCAUACGUACGUCAUAGCAUGACGUCAUAACCACCGAAGGGUGGGUUGAUAGCGGGUCUUUAUGAGUGGGGUGUACAGAUCAUUAUUUUAAAUUUCAUUUAGUGGUUCUUGUGUGUAAAGUUUGCAUCAAAUUUCGACACAGACAUGAAGGAUUUAUUAAGUGGUUUAGAUUUUGCUUAUUUUGCCGAUGGUUUUUAAAUUCGGGAAUGCAAUUCUCGCUGGUACUCCUGCUCGACCAUUACUGGCUGCUUCUUCCAGAUAGUACACAAGUAGUGUGUGUAAUACCAGUCUACCAAUAAUCGAAGCUUAUAGAUAGAGUGGAUGCAAUCACCAAGUCAAGCUGUACCGCAUGAACGGAGGAAUGGCAACAAUGCCAGUAUGGAUUUGAAACUCUUUUGAGGUAAAGUUUUACUAACUUUUUCGAAAACUUUAUAUGCCGUCAGAAUUAGUUCAGACAUUGGCUUAAGACCAAGCGAACAUGUAUUUUUUAUAGAGUGACCUUGUACAUUCCACGGCCUUCCUGGCAGGCAAGACACAAAACUAGUACAUUAUGGGAAUUUUCAUUGUUCAUGAACACCAUCGCAACAUACACAACAGCCGAACAAGUUUUUGACGUCCCCCAAUUCUGUGCACAAAAACUUUACACACAAAACAUAGGGUGGAACUGUCAUACAAAUGAAGAUUAUGCUUUCCACAUGCAGUUAAAGCUGUUUAUAAUUUGUGCCUGCAGGAAGUCGGUGCUUAUGUGAUGUCAUAGGUUAAAGCUAAUAAGUAAGAUAAUGUGCAAUUUUUUAAGGACAUACUGUGGCGCCUUCAACAUACACAAUGGCUUGUUUGUAAUGUAUCUACAUUGUUUUAGAAAUGUGUUAAUUUUGUAAAGAAAUGGUGCACAAGAAAGCCCAAUCUGGUUGGGGAUAGACGAAAGCCCAUCUGUACCUGUCCUUUGAUUUUUAAGGGGUUAGGGGUGGGGUCUUACUUCCUUUUAGCACUAUACCAACCUUGACACUAUGCACUUGGUGUUACAAUCAAAUUUUGUUGUGUUAAGCUUUUUAAGGUUUUUGUUUGUACUAUUCUUUUUUUAGCACAAUCAAUGAUUAUGUAAUCAAGUUUUUAUACAUGUUUGUGAAUUCAGUGAAUAUCAAGAUUAAACUAAUGUACAUUUACAUGAA